AUGGUCCGCAACGAUGCGCAGCUCACGAUGGACGAGGAGGACUACGAAGCGCAACGCCAGGCGAACAUCAAAGCCAAUCUCGAGUUGAUGAAGGAGCUGGGACUGUAUCCAGGGUCGAGUUCGUUGUUUCAGACACCCAAGAAGGCAUCGAUCGCCGCUAAAGCCAAGUCGAAGUCAGCGUCGAAAUCGGUACCUGCUGAUGCAGAGGAGUACGAGAGCAGUGCAGCGAGGGUUCAGCGGCCUAGAAGGAUCACUCGAUCGGUAUCUCGAACGCUCGACAGUCCCAAAAAGCCGAAGGGUCGAGGCAUGAAACGAGCUCUCAGCGACAAUGAUGUAUACCCUGCAAAGAUUUCUCGCUCGCGCCUCGACAGGUACAACACGGACUCUGAUUCGGACGACGACUACCAUUCCUAUCAUCGUCCCUCUGGAUCCUCCCACAACACGCUCAACCCUGCACGCCACUACAGGUCCUCAGACGAACUCCAACGAUCCGCCGAUCGACUCGGCGUUCGCAUCCACAACCCGAAAACCUUCGGUGCCAUCCCCGGCAUCCCCAUCGGCACGCACUGGUCCAAACGCAUCGACUGCUCCACCGACGCCGUCCACGCCCCCACCGUAGCCGGCAUCUCUGGCAACGAACACCUCGGCUGCUGGUCCAUCUGCCUCUCCGGUGGCUACGAAGACGACGUCGAUCUCGGCGAUACCUUCACCUACACCGGCAGUGGUGGUCGCGACCUCAAAGGUACGAAGCAGAAUCCGAAGAAUUUGAGGACUGCUCCGCAGAGCAGCGAUCAGAAGUGGGAAGGGAAGAACGCGGCGUUGCAGAAGAGCGUGAGGUCGGGGAAGGUGGUGAGAGUGGUGAGAGGGUGGAAGGCAGGGGGGAGGUAUGCGCCGAGUGAGGGGUAUGUGUAUUGUGGACUGUACAGGGUGGAACGGUGUUGGAUGGAGAGGGGGAGGAGUGGGUUUAGAGUUUGUAAGUUUGAGUUCAGGAGAGUGGGUGGUCAAGAUCCCCUGCCAACGUUCGACCACGAGGAGGAAGAGAAAGAGCUGUCGGAAGAAGACAAAGAGACCGAGGUGCAGGGAGAAUCUUCUUCCGCGACGAACACUGUCAUCGACCUACUCUCCCCCUCACCUGCACCUUCCUCACUCUCCACCCACUCCUUCACCUCCCCCAUCUCCCCCCACCCCAUCCUCAAGUCCUCCUCCUCUUCCUUCGACAGAGCCUCGUACUACAUCAUCACCGACGACGAAGAUGAGCCUCAACCAAUCAUCAUCUCUUCCUCUUGA